AUGGUACUUUAUAUUCUUCAUUACCUUUCCUGGAUGCUGUUUUGUUCAAUUAUUACUACUUUUAUAGAAGCGUCCAUUUUAACUACGAAAGAAAACGAAUUUUACAAUUACGAAGGUGACGUUUCGUAUGAUAAUCAUACUCACACAAUAUCAACCUUUGAUUUGUCUUACUCUAUGACAAAGAUACGCUGUGCCUGGAGGUGUCUGAAUGACUUACAGUGCUAUGCUGUAGAACUAUGUUCUACUGCUAAUGGGGAGGAAUGUAGAUUAAGUAAGGGUUGUAAGGCUACCGGCGAUAUUAUCUCUGGACCGACGUGCAGACGAUUUCAGAUGGUUAUACAAAGACGAUUGGACGGAUCAGAAAAUUUUUACAGAAAUUGGACAGAUUAUGAAUUUGGGUUCGGGAACCUUGAGUCAGAAUUUUGGUUAGGAAACAAGUACAUUCAUCAACUGACAGCAAACGGACACACCAUAUUACGUAUUGAAUUGGAGGACCAUGGUGGCAAUACUAGAUACGCGGAGUACAGCAGCUUUACCGUGGAAGAUGCAAGUGACAACUAUAGGAUUCAGGUGUCAGGUUACUCCGGGAAUGCCGGUGACAGUUUUGCGGGAACAUGUAGUAUAUGUAACAAUGGGAUGCCUUUCAGCACCUACGACCGUGAAAAUGAUAACCAUUCAACUUUGAAUUGUGCGAAGUGGGGUAAAGGAGGAUGGUGGCAUAAUGCCUGUCAUAAAACAAACCUGAAUGGUCUCUAUGGUAACAACGGAUACGGACAAGGUGUGAACUGGGAAAACUGGAAGACUUUGAGCUAUUCCCUCAAAUCAUCCACUAUGAAACUAAGAAAACCUUGA